CAUUGGCUCCCUAUACUUUCUCACAUACUGCAACUGCCUAUCACAAUCUUUUUUAUCUUAAUGGCCAUAUUGUUAGCGCCUGAUGCCUUGUCGACAGAAUAGGCUCCCACCAAAAAUGCUAAACUUAGAACUAAUUUAACUAUAUCGGAACCUUCGUCGCUGAUACUGUCAAUCGGAACUUCAACCAAAAUUGUUGUUUUUACUCCUAGUCCUUGGAUAUUGGUACUAUGAAACCCAAUUUGAGAAGAGAUCAACUACACUGACCUGAGAGAAUUUUCUUGGAUCCAAGAAAGGGAAGUUCACUUUCCUUUAUCGACGAGACAUGGCUUGACUUGGUGCUAUCCACGGCUCCAAAUGAAAGUCUAUGAUAUCCUCCUUUAGUUGUAAUCUGAAGCCACCAUCGGUGACUCUUACGGUUGCUGUGGUCCCGCGCCAUUGACCCUAGAAUAAGAGGAAGGAUUCGCACGCGUUUCUCCCUCUUCCUUAUCGGGUUUGGUUCUUCUGGGUGUGCUACCUUGUGUCAUGGAGCUACUUGCUAAAGUUGAGACAGGGAUAAUUUGCUUUGGAAUGUUCAUGUCAGCCACUUCAAUUUCCGAUAGGGAUAAAAGCCCAAUCUGUUUGUUUGAGGAGUCUCAUCCCGUAGUAUCUCACGCAGCUCACUUGGAAGGUAUCUACUCCAAUUUCUCCUCAAUUUUCCGUCCGACUCCAAUGUUGCCGCAGUAUGCGCCAGGUUGUUUGCCUCCCUGGAGACCCAAUAAAGCAGGUACUGAUUUAGAAACGCAAGGCUUGGAUUCGUGUGGCAUUCAUUGUUCAAAUGCAAUGAUUUCUAGUUUUCUACAGAGAAUAAGUCAUCUUCUGAAGUGGAUAAGCAGUUGAGCAAGUAUCAAUGCCAUGAAGCUUGCAAGGAUGUUGUCCCGAAUCAUCAAGUUAGUGAAAAUCUAAUAAAUAUCUUCAUUCUUCACUCAAUUCUAUUCUUUACCAAAUAAAUUUUUGGAAGUGUCACAUCCCACAGCAUCUAUAAAAAGAUACAUUUGAAAAACCAAAAGCUCAUGAGCUUUCAUAAUUUUUUUUUUUGUGUGUUUUAUAAGUCAAAAGUAUUCAAAGAAUAUGGUAACCUUUUGUUGAGUACUUUAGUCUCUGUUUUAUUUGUUUAUUUUCUUAGUUUUCUACUGUAAUAAGAUUUACGUUUAAUGUGUCGAGCUCUCUUUUAAAAAAAAAAAAAAAACAAAAAAACAAAAACCUUCUCUUAGUUUAAAUUAAAAACUUACCUAUUUAAAUUAGAACAUAUUCUCUGACCCAAAAAUGAAAAAAAAAUAAAUAAAUAAAACACGAUUAAAUAUUUUAUGAUAUAUCUUGUAAAAAAUAAGUGUCUUAUGAGUGGAGUCUUUUCAUUAGAAAAUAUUAACGUAUUCAAAAUUUCAAUUAUUUUGUUUUUGUGUCAAAAUUUUCAAUUAUCUGAACUUAUUAUAGACCUGAUGUAAAAACUUUGUCGUCAUAUAUUAUAAGUGUUUCAAUUCCAAAAUUUCCCAACAAAAUUCUAGCUUUUUGUCUUAUUCUUAUUGGCCGGAAUAUUCUAUUUACCCAAUCAAAAUCCAAGAUAGUCAACCAAAUCAUACAUAGGUAACAUAAUAACAUCUUGUAUUCUAUUUAUUAAAUUAGAUUAAAGGUCUGAUUAAGAGUUCAAAUGGAAAAAUUAACUCUUGCAUCAUCUUAUUUACAAAAUUGAGCAUCGUCAGCUAAGAGAGAACUGAAUUACUGAGUUGGUAGAUCCGUAAAAGAGUUUUAAAAUUACAAGAAGACAACCCUAGCUCAAUUAAUAAAACCAUAUGCCUUUUAAUAUGCUGCACCCGGAUUCAAAUCUUGGUGAAUGUGCCAAGUGUUGAAUAUGAGCCUUUUAGUGUUGUGUGGGUGUGUGUAGCUGCACCCGGAUUCAAAUCUUGGUGAAUGUGCCAAGUGUUGAAUAUGAGCCUUUUAGUGUUGUGUGGGUGUGUGUAGCGUUAGUGUGUUGUGAUACCUAGCAUUGGGGGUUGUCCAAUCUAUCUGACCACAAAAAAAAAAAGGUAAGACGACCUUACUAAAAGACUAUUGUCUAGGAACUGCAGUGAAAAAUGAAAACCCUAAUACUGCAAAUAGAGCAAGAAGUUCUACAAGAAUGUGAGCCGGAUGCUCAAUGAUUACUGGCAUUUCCAGAUUAUUAUUUACCGCCAAGUGUCUAGAAGGAAUCAACUCGAUAUUCCAAAAGGGGCGAGCCAUAGCCAAAAGAUCGCGUCCAGAAGAAGAGGCACCAUAGCCUUGCACCCACAAG